AUGACCACUGUCAUCGGGAAGCGUUUGAACGAAAUCGUCCAAUUCGAUUUCUCAAAACCGCUCGACCCAAAUGUUCAAGCAAAACUAUCCGCCCAGCUUUGCUCACAGUUCCUGGAGCCACUCACAGAAGAAAUUAAUAAAAAAGGGAAGGAACAAAACGAGAAAGAAGAAGAAGAAGAAGUGAUGGAGGAUGAUUUAGAUAUCAUCGGACAGAUGGAUGACUACUUAACAUCUGAAUCUAUGAUUAAUUUUUUCGAAAAACGGAACCUUCGCUGCAACGCCGUUUUGCCUUUCAUCAGCGCUCUUCCAGUACAAGACUGGGAGAAGAGAGAUGUUUCUGUCGUUGCUUCCUUCGGGUUUCCUAAACAAGUUCCAAACAAAUUGUUGGCUCGUCAUCGGAGCAACAAGAUUCUCAAGGUCCUCUUGACCAAAGUCAAGGGCAUGUUUCCUAACCACGCUGUUACGGAUGUAGAACACAACGAAUUCGCAAAAGUUCCAUAUCUUUUGUGUACUGUAGAUAAUGUCACUGUGAUUAUCAAGAUCUCUAUGAAGCCAUUUUGCUCGCCGCAAUUUAUGUCAAAAGAUGUUAUCGAGGCAUACAAAAGUUGUGACGACCGCUUCGUCAUCCUUGCCAACUACUUCCAUCAGUUCUUGAAAAGCAAAGCUGUGAACAAAAAAGAUCAAAGGAAAUCAAAGUCUAUCAUUCCAAAGCUCUGUACCAUCAAGAUGAUGUUUAUUCACUUGUUCAAACAUUACGGACUGCUUCCAGCUAAUAACAACAACUCGUUGGAAGAGAAGAUGUCCUCUCUAAAAAUUCAAAAUAAUCAAUCCAUCAGCCUCGGAACUUUAUUUUUCUUGUUUCAUGAUUACUAUUUGGAUGUGAUUUCUCUGGAAACAGACUUUCUCGAAAUUACAACUGGAAAAUCUAUCUGUAAAAUGGACAUUGGAUUGACCAAUCUCAAUAUUCUAUCCAUUAGUGACAUCUUCGACGAUCACAUCCCAGGAGAGCGUGUCAAUGACACCCUUAUUUUCAAAAAAAUUCUCAAAGCAUCCUUCAACUGCAUCAAGAAGUAUCUCGUUCAACGUACCACCGAUGUUCUCAAUGAUUUGAGAGUCAUUCCAUUUCGUCCGAGAAACGUUGUCUUGGAUGAUGUUAAGAAAUAA